AUGCAGAAAACAGACCAAUUUCGUCAAUCCCCACCAAACCACAUACAAAUUCCUCCUCCUCCUGUCUUUCUCUCUUUCUCGCUAGACAAUAACAACUCAACCCCAGACACGCCAUGUCUUCAGUUUCACACCGCACCUUCCACUCCAUCCGAAUCCCCUCCUUCGCCUUCCGCUCCUUUUUUUACUCCACCCACUUCUCCCUUUGCUAACAUCUUGCCCGUGUUAGACUCAAACCCUCCUUCCAUCCCAAUAUCCGUUCCACAGAUCUCACCCAAAUCCAAAGAAACCCCCACGCGGGAUUCACAAACUGACGACGCCUUUCCCGUCGCAAUUGACGUUGCUAUGGAUUUAGUUCUAGAUGAUGAGGGCCUCAGCCCAUUGGAAAAAAUUUAUCUCUACUCCAGGAGCAAAGCCAGCUUUCAUCGAAUCUUCAUCGCUCAUGCUCUUCCCGAUUAUCUUCAUCAAAUUACCCCUCAAGAGGCAGUCGAAUACGUUUUACCCCUUCUCAGUGGUUUGGCUAUGGAUGAAGACGAGAAAGUGAGGGAAGCUUUCACCGCAGAGCUUGUUCCCAUCAUUUGGUGGUUUUUCACAAAUUGUCAAGUUAUUCCAGACGACCUUUCGUUAGACGAAGCGUAUGCUUCAUCGUCUACUACAGUCACCAUAUCCGUCCAAGCAUUUACUCCCAUUCUCGGUACCCUCCUUCUCAGUCCCAGCGGCGAUGUCAGCAAACAUUCCCGUACGGCUGUCGUCAAACUCUUGUUGCGUAUGCAAAAAAUCGAUGAUAUAGAGAUGGGUAUAUACGAGGACCUAUCCGAUGCUGAUGACCAAGGUGGGGCAGAUUUUGACCCUGAUGACGACAUCCAGCCUUUGGUUGGUUUAUUUAGAAGAGAUGAGAGGUUGAUGUUUCGGCAAGAAAUUCUUCAGCAGGUUGUUAUUGGGAUGGGAAGACUUGAUGUCGACCUCUUGGAGACGGAUGAUAUACACCAGAGUCCAUACCUUUCUCCUGGGGAGCAAACUCGACAAACGAUACACAUCGAGGCCAACGAGCUGAAUCCGUAUUUUCCGGCUGUUCUUCCGCAGCAUAGUGGGGCUGAUUCUCCUACGUCAUCUUAUUUUGGCCAUUCUCCGCAAGCUGUACUUCAUCCGUCAAUACCAACAGCUGGCCACCUGCCUCUCCCUCCACAGGGUUUAACCGUAGAGGUCGCUGCUCACCGCGUCGGCCAUUUUCCUCACGGUGGUUACGAAUAUGAUCACAAAACUUACAGUGAAGGUGGGGAGGACGAGCAACAAGCUGCUGUGGGGCGCCUAUCAAGCAUGAGUUUGAUGGCUGCCGUCACUGCAAGUGGUUCGCUCAGCGAUGAGACCAAACUUGCGUUCGUGAAAGAAGUCGAACGCGUUGGCCGAGAUCCAUUUUCCUACGUAAGAUGCGAAGCAUCCUAUGUUAUGGGGGCAUUAGCGAAGGUCGUACCGGAGGAAGUCGUAACGAUGUCACUUUUACCGUUAUUCCACUCCCUUCAAUCGGACGUGAACUUGCAUGUCCGCUAUUCAUCCGUCUUCGCCCUACCUGCCAUCCUCUCCCGACUCUCUCCAGAUCACCGACGGUCCCUCGCUUUGGAAACUAUCGUCUCGCUUUCUUCUGACGAGAACGAGAUAGUGCGGUCGGGAGCGCUGGAGGUUCUCGGUGAGGUUGUGCACACCUUUCAAAAUGAUCGGACCGGCCCCCCGAAACAACUCCUACAUCUUUUCCUCGGACGAGGGGAAGACAAACGCGUACGUGAUGGACAACAACAAACACCACCGGCCGAAAUUGACCCUCUCGAGUCUUUUUAUCGGGAUCCCGGUCGACCUCUGACGUGCGCUUUUAAUUUUCCGGCUGUCGCUCUUACACUAGGGGCAUCAAGAUGGGACGAACUGAGGGACGCGUAUGCUGACGUCGCUAGCAAUCGAUCUUCCAAAGUCCGGCGUACACUUGCCGCGAGUUUAGGAAAGAUGGCUGAAAUAAUAGGCCAGAAGUUUGCGCAGAGGGAUUUGAUAUCCGUUUGGUGGGACGCGAUUCGGUGCGAGGAGGAGGAGGUUCGGACGAAGAUUGUUGAAUCAUCUGAUGUUUUAAUCGGUGUGGUCGGAGAGGCGGCGGGUAUGUCGCUUUUGCAAGGGCUUCUGACGGUUUGGGAGGAAGGUGUAUUCAAGGGAUGGAGAGAGCGGGAUGCCAUUACGAAACGGCUAUUAACCUUUGCUCAUAUGUUGGGAGAAGCUAUUUCUUCAAGCAUUUCGGGUCUUCUUCUGAAGGCGCUUGAGGAUGAUGUAGCUGCCGUCAGGGAAACAGCCAUUUCGAUGCUUCCCCAAGUGUUGUCGUUGUUUUCCCCACAAGCAGAUGUUAGUGCUGCUCUUGAGGUCAACCUCCGGAAACUGGCUAAAUCUGCCAUGUAUCGCAGGCGGAUGACAUUUAUUGCUUGCCAACAAGCUCGCCUUUUGUUUGUGGGAGACGACGGCAAAGCAGCUGCUGCCAGUCAUGAUCUCGAUUUUCUCAUGUCUGUUGCUGAUCUGUCCAAUGACGUCGUCGAGGGAGUUCGUAUUGGUGUAGCCCGCUUUGCUACCAUCAUAUAUGAACGACUGGUCAGAAAAUCGCAUCCUAUCCCGCCCAUCUUGGUGAAACUCGUCCAGCGAUUCUCAGAGGAUUCAUCGCAGGAGGUGCAAUCAUAUGUCCCGGACCUAACGCGGAAUGUUCUGACACAUAGUAGUGAUCAUGGUGGACUAGCAUCCCGAAGUACCCCUACUCGCCCGUGGGCGGCAGAAGCGGCGACGUUUUCGAGACCACCGCCACCCCGCGUCCGUUAA